UAGGUUGAGGAUGUGGCAGUGGGUAGUGAUUGUGGAGGUUCGUGUGAAGCAUAAAGAUUAGCAUGGACCAGAGGGGCCGAAAGGCCUGUUUCAAUGUUGUAAGUACUGAUCUGAACAGUAUUUGCCCUGGUUAUUAAUUAACAUCGUCAGAUUGGUCACACUUGGAAUUUGAGUCCUGGGGUUAACUGUCACUCAGGAUAUUCACUACAGGAUCAUUGUAAGAAGUUUGUGGAUGGAAUGAGAUGAUAAAGAUCAAAGUCUGCAGGGGCACGAUGAGCGCACACUGGGCGGAUUAUUAAUCCUAACCGGGACUUGGGUUCCCUUUUAUUUUGAAUCAUCUGUGGCAAACACUCCGCCUAUCGUGUCCUCGGAGGUUGACCUCCGUUUCUCAGUUACUUUUCGGUUGCUUGGAUUUGUCUGGCCGAAGUCCGGAGCAGAAUGUUCACUUUUUACAGCCUGUUGGCCGCUUUGCUGCUCUCUGCCUGGCUGCUCAGGAUUUGGUUUCCCUAUUGGUGGCUGGACCUGAAAACCUUCUACAAAAUGUUUUCCCUCGGGUUGAGAGUUGAAUCUUACAGGAAGAAGACGCCAGCCUUCACUCUGCUGGAUGUUUUCCUGCUACAAGUUCACAAAUGUCCCAACAAACCGUUCCUGGUGUUCGAGGGGCGAACCUUCAGCUACUCGGAGAUGGACAGACAGAGCAACAAAGUGGCCAGAGCCCUGCAGGCUCGGGCAAGGCUCAAGGAGGGGGAUUGCGUGGCGAUGUUAAUGGCAAAUGAGCCCCUGUUCGUCACCGUGUGGCUGGCGCUGAUUAAACUGGGCUGCGCGGUGGCGUUUCUGAAUUACAACAUCAAAGGCAAGUCCCUGAUCCACAGUUUCCAGACCAGUGGAGCCCAGGUGUUGGUCACAACUUCAGAGCUGAGGAGUCUAGUUGAGGAGGUGCUGCCCAGUCUACGAGAGGAGAAUGCCACUGUUUUUAUUCUGGAUGACACGUGUAGCGUAGAAGGCAUUGAAAACCUGAAUGAUACAAUCCAAGCUGCAUCUGACCAGCCAUUGUCUCUAUCACUAAGAUCACACAUUACUUUCAACAGCCCUUUUGUCUAUAUCUACACAUCAGGAACAACAGGUUUGCCCAAAGCUGCCAUCAUGACUCACGGCCGAGUCCAUCUUAUUGCAACGUUCAUUUCUGGAUGUGGCCUCUCCAGUAAUGAUGUUAUAUACACCUCGCUGCCUCUUUACCAUAGCGCUGCUUCCUUGGUUGGCAUCGGUGGCUGCAUUUGUCUGGGGGCAACUGUUGUCUUGCGCCGUAAGUUUUCUGUCAGCCAGUUCUGGGAUGACUGUCGGAAGUACCAUGUGACUGUUAUCCAGUAUAUUGGCGAGGUGUUACGCUAUCUCUGCAAUGCUCCCAAGAAGAGCAAUGAUGGAAAUCACAAGGUGAGGAUGGCAAUAGGGAAUGGUGCACGGGCAGAGGUCUGGAAGGAGUUUUUAAAUCGAUUUGGAGACAUCCAUGUUUGUGAGUUUUAUGGUUCAACAGAAGGAAAUGUUGGCUUCCUGAACAACGUGGGCAAAAUUGGUGCAUCAGGGCGGGUAACCUUCCUCACCAGGAAACUCAUGCCAUUUCAACUGGUUAAAUAUGAUGCUGAACGGGAAGCACCUGUGCGAGACUCCAAUGGUCACUGCAUUGAAGUUGCUAAAGGAGAGACUGGGCUCCUCAUUGCAAAAAUCACAACCAAAACCCCAUUCAUUGGGUAUGCAGGAAGCAGAACCCAAACUGAUAAAAAGCAUUUGAGGGAUGUGUUCAGCAAAGGAGACCUUUACUUCAACAGCGGAGACCUCUUGAUGCUUGACCAUGACAAUUUCAUCUACUUCCAGGACCGAAUUGGAGACACGUUCAGAUGGAAGGGGGAGAAUGUGUCCACCACUGAGGUGGCUGAUAUUCUGUCGACAUUAGAUUUUGUCCAGGAGGUUUGUGUUUAUGGAGUGAUGGUUCCAGGCCAUGAAGGUCGAGUUGGAAUGGCUGCCAUUCAGCUGCAGAGUGGAAAAGACUUGGAUGGAGCACAGCUCUACAAACAUGUAGCAGCUCAGCUCCCGAGUUACGCUCAGCCACGCUUCCUGAGAGUACAGACAAGGAUAGAGACAACAGGAACUUAUAAAUAUUAUAAAGUCAUGUUGGUGAAGGAAGGCUUUAAUCCAGCGACUGUCCAAGACCCGCUUUUCUUCCUAGAUGAGCAGAAAAAAACCUACAUCCAAAUGGACCAAGAAAUCUAUAAUUCCGUCAUCUCUAACCAGAUCAGACUGUGAUGCCUGACCUAGGGCCUAUGAAAGGAGCUUUGAGUAGCUGUUGUAGAAUUGUUUUCUUUGGAGGGGUUUUGUUUUAGUUCUAAUGUUUUGUUUAGAAAGACUCUAUGUUGCAAAGAUGUAGUGAGUGGUGAGUGAUACAGCCCUGUCCCAAAAAUCCCUUCACCCAACAUCUGAUCAAGUGUCCAUGUGGAAUGGUUUUUGGUGAUUCUUGUCCAGAUGGUGAGAGUUGGAGAAAAUGAGAAAUAAAAACAAUGAUCCAGGGAUUUAUUACUGUCAGUAAGGAAUAAAACUGUUAGCUUGAAAUCAUUCACUGAUCUGGGCAAGUCUCUCCCUCCGUCUGUCCCUCCCUCCCAUAUCUCUCUCUCUUUCUCUCUCUCCAACUCUCUCUCUCUCCAAUUUUCGCUCUCACUCUCUCUCUCCAUCUCUCUCUUUCACUUGCACCAUCUCUCU